GUGGUAAAGACGUGCCGUGCCCAGUUGCUAUUAUAACUGCCUUUCUUGAAGAAAAAUGUGUAGUUUUAUAUUGUGUUCAUUUAUAAGCUUAAUCCUUUUCAUUUCGAUAUUGGAGUGUCAAGGAAAUGUAUUGCGCCAAAGACAAUUUUAUACGCUACAUCAAUGGUCUCAUGGCAUAAAUAUGGCAUUUCCAACUGUAAUUGAUAGAGAAUUUGCGGUUAAUAAUUCUUAUUAUGAUGUUAAUCGUAUACAAUUGCCGGUAGAUCUAGAUGUGGAGUAUAAAGAAAAUAAUAAACAUCGAAUCUUUCUCACAAUUCCUCGAUUAAAUUUUGGAGUACCUUACUCACUGGCCACUAUAUUAGAAGAAGAUCAAAAUAUUACAAACAAUCCAAGAGUGACAGCAUAUCCCAGCUAUGAUUGGCACAAAAGUCAUGGUUUAAAUUGUACUUCCAUAACAUCGGCACUAAGAACUUAUAUCGAUGAAUGUGGCCGAUUAUGGGUUAUAGAUUCAGGACAAAUCAAUUCUCUGCAAUGGUGUGCUCCCCAACUUUUAGUGUUCGACUUAAAUACAGAUGAAUCGAUACAUCGUUACAAACUUCCUAGUAAUAAUUAUAAAGCCGGUAUUUCGGUUUAUACCGAUAUGGUAGCCGAUGUCAAGUCUGCGGAAGAAUGUUUAGAUACAACCGUCUAUAUAUCAGAUGCUUGGGGUCAUGGUUUAAUUGUUUACAAUAUGUUAAAGGAUAAAUCUUGGCGCAUAGAACAUGAACUUAUGAAACCAGAUAAAACUUUUCGAAAUAAUGUUCAUGAUGGCAUAUUUACUGUUAGUUUAAGUCCAAAAAAUUACAAAAUGGCGGAACGUUAUUUAUAUUUUCAUUCUUUGAAUAGUUUCACUGAAAUACGCAUUCCCUUAAAAUAUGUUAAUAACGAGUCGCUGUGGUAUUAUCCUAAAGGCUAUACUUUAAUAGAUAAAUAUUUUACCACUUUAGGCUCUCGAGGUCUUCAAUGUGAAUCUGAAACUAUGGAUAAUUAUGGAAAUUUAUAUUGCAGUAUUAUAGGUUCAAGUGCUUUGAUACGGUGGAAAGAGGGUAGAAAUUAUACGGCAGAUGAUUUGAAUGUUGUGGCUUAUGGUCCGCAACAAUGGCGUUUUGUUACGGGUCUAAAGCUAAGUGCAAAUCAACAUAAUGAACAGGAGUUGUGGGCUUUAAGCACAGAGCCAAGGCUUUUUGUUGGCAAUACUGUUCAGAAGGAUCUAAUAAUGUAUCAAAUUAUGGGCUGUCGUGUUCGUAAUCUGUUACGUUCGGAAAUUUGUACAAUCGACAUUAAUGAUGUGUAAAUUAGUAUUUAAGAUGAAAUUGUAAAUACAUA